CUGGAGAAAUGGAAUUUUUCGUGUCAAUAUGGUUCGUCAACUGUGCCAUUAUAGUUCUGUUCGCAUUGACCACGUUCUACUUCUACAUGACGCGGAACUUUAAUUAUUGGAAAAAGAGAAACAUAGUCGAGAAGAAGCCAUUACCGUUUUUCGGUAACUAUUUUUCCUGUUUCACCCUUCAAACUUCUCCGGGUAACUUCCUUAAGGAUCUACACAAUGAGGACAAGAGCGUGAGUCAACUCGGCUUCUACAUCCUCGAUAAGCCUUGUCUUCUAGUGCGGGACUUGGAGUUUAUCAAUCGUAUUAUGGUGAAGGAUUUCAACACGUUUUGCGACAGAUUCAGUGGCUCGAACGGCGACGACCCUCUGGGGGUAGCGAAUUUGUUCACUCUGCAGAAUCCACAUUGGAAAACUGUCCGCGUCAAGCUGUCUCCGACUUUCACUUCCGGGAAAUUGAAGCAGAUGUUUCAAUUGAUGAUCAAGGUUGGCCAGGAACUGGACUGCCACUUCGAGACGUUGAAAUUAGAAGGUGAAGGUCGAGUGAUCGAACUGCGGGAAAUUGUCGCAAAAUACACGACGGACGUAAUCGCCACGUGCGCCUACGGCAUCGAAGCCAACUCCUUCAAAAAUCCAAAUGCAGAAUUUCGAAACUGUGGGAAGAGGAUUUUCAACGAUAGUUAUAAGCGCGCCUUUGAGUUCAGAUCAUUCUUUUUCACACCGAAUUUUACGAAGCUGUUCGGUAUGCAGUUUUUCGAGAGAACUUCGAGCGAAUUCUUACGCAAGGCACUAUGGGACACUAUUAUUCAACGCAUGAAAAAUGGGAUUCACAGGAAUGAUCUAAUAGACACUCUCAUCCAGCUAAAAAAUGAUCAAGCCGAAGCCGGCCUCGACGAUGACGAUAACAAUUCGUUCAAGUUCGAUGGCGACAAUCUGACCGCCCAAGCAGCCGUUUAUUUCACUGGGGGGUCCGAGACGACAUCAGUCACAAUAGCCUUUACGCUGUACGAGCUCGCUCUGCAACCGGAUGUUCAGACAAGACUGCGCGAGGAGAUAAAUUCGGCUCUCGAGGAAAAUGAAGGAAACAUCGAGUACGAAUGGGUGAUGCAGCUUCCUUACCUCGGCAUGGUCGUUUCGGAGACGCUUCGAAAGUAUCCUGUAGUCUCGUUCAUAGAUAGAGUGGUUAACACCGACUACAAGAUACCCGGCAGUGAUACGGUGCUUGAAAAGCUUACACCAAUCUUCAUAUCUGUCUCUGGAUUUCAUCACGAUCCACAAUAUUUUCCGGACCCUGAAAAAUUCGACCCGGAGAGAUUCAGCAACGAGAACAAGCAAACGCGUCCCUCUUGCGUUUACAUGCCAUUCGGUGAUGGUCCCCGUAACUGUAUAGGCUUCCGUUUCGCACUGGUAUCACUCAAGCUCGGCCUCAUCAAGAUAGUAUCAAAAUACAAGCUAUUUCCGAGCAAGGACACUGUGAUUCCACUGCGAGUGAAUCCAAGGUGUCUUUUCACAACAAUGGAUCAUGAUCUGCUCCUCAAAGUGCAAAAAAUUUAUGACUGUAUCAUCAACGAGAAUACUGUUAAUAUUUUGAUAAAUGCUGAUAUCUUUGAAGUGUUUAGAAAGUAUAACUGUCCGAAGACUGUUCUGAUUAUAAAAGUCACGAGUCGCUAUGAAAUCGUAAUCACCAUUGAAAUAACGCAGCUGGAAAAUAAUCACGGAGUUUUGUUGCGGUCAAUUUACGAAAACUGCUUCUUCCAUCUCAGUUUCAAAGCAUCAGCUUGGCUCGUUGGAAACUGUCAAUUCUGCUCUCGUUUUUACUCAAAACGUGGAAUAAACUUACUGUCAAUACCAGACAGGAUUAAAAUGGCUCUGCUGACAUGGUACUGGGGACUCGACGUUGUCGUGAUGUUACUGACGCUGAUCGUUACGGCGUACCUUUACAUGACCCGGAAGUUCAAAUAUUGGGAGAAAAGAGGAGUGUUCGAACUACAACCGACGGCUUUCAUCGGGAACUUUAAGGACUGCGUGCUCUUCCGGAGAUCAGCCGGCGAAUUUCUCAAAGAUAUCUACGACAAGGGCAAGGGCUUGAAGUACUUGGGCUUCUACAUUUUCGACAAGCCAGCCCUCCUGAUCCGGGACCCUGCGAUAAUAAAAAAUGUGCUCAUCAAAGAUUUCAAUUACUUUUCGGACCGACAUGUUGCCGCAGUCGACACCGACACCUUGGGCACCGCAAAUCUCUUUACAAUAAAGAACCCGCAUUGGCGGAUUCUACGCAACAAACUGACGCCAGUUUUCAGCUCUGGAAAGAUGAAAAAAAUGUUUCACUUAAUGGUUGCCGUGGCCGAGGAUCUGGACACCCACCUUGAGGCCCAGAACUUGCAUGGUAAAGGCCGAGUGAUCGAGCUUAAGGAGACUUGUGCCAAGUACACCACAGACGUGGUCGCCUCUUGCGCAUACGGCCUUCAGGUUAAUUCCCUGAACAAUCCGGAGGCAGAGUUCAGAAAAUUCGGAAGAAAAGUAUUCACCUUCAACUACAGACGCGCCGCGGAGUUAUUUGCGUUCUUCUUUAUUCCUGGUAUCGUCAAGCCAUUGGGAUUCAAAUUCUUUGAGACGAGCUGCUCUAACUUCUUGCGAAAGGCUUUGUGGGGCGCUAUCGACGACAGGAUGAAAAGUGGCGAGCACAGACACGACCUCAUCGACACUCUCAUCGAGCUAAAGAAAACCCAGGCCGAGAGUGACGUACAAGAUCCUGACGCAUUCAAAUUCGACGGAGACAACCUGGUGGCCCAGGCAGCGGUCUUCUUCACAGCAGGCUUCGAAACAUCGUCUACCACGAUGUCCUUCUCGAUGUACGAACUGGCCUUGCAGCCAAAACUUCAGCGACGGCUUCGCGACGAGAUCAGUUCAGCUCUCGAUGAUAGUGGUGGAAAGCUCAGUUAUGAAACGGUAAUGAGUCUUCCGUACCUGGACAUGGUCGUGAAGGAAACCCUCCGCAAAUAUCCGCCUCUGCCAUUCCUCGACAGGGUUGCAAUGGAUGAUUACAAAGUCCCGGGGACUGACCUCGUCAUCGAGAAGGGAACACCAACUUACAUUCCUAUGUUCGGACUCCACUAUGACCCGGAAUAUUUUCCGGAACCUUUUAAGUACGAUCCGGAGCGUUUCAACGAGGAAAACAGGCAGAAUCGUGCCUCUUGUAUCUACAUGCCUUUCGGAGAGGGUCCUCACAACUGUAUCGGUCUUCGGUUCGGAACCCUCCAAGCCAAACUCGGUCUCGUCAAGAUCCUCUCCAAGUACGAGGUGACGCCCUGUGAGCAAACCCUGAUCCCGAUGCGCCUCGAUCCAAAGGCUCUUAUUUUGUCAUCGGAUGGCGGUCUCUAUUUGAACGUGCGAAAAAUCACGACCGUUGCUGUAUAAAUAGAGAAAAAUGCAAGCCGAUA